AUGAGUCACGCCGUCCCCGACCUAGAUGCUAUAGGCAUCAAAGCAGACCAUGAUCUGGCCGAUCAAUUCCGCCGCGAAGUCGCCAGCCUCCUCUCGCGCAACAACCUUAACUUCCCCGGUGCACAACCUGUCAGCUUCUCGUCAAAACAUCUGACCGAGCUGCAGCGUGAGGACUACUUCGUAUGUGAGAAGACAGAUGGAAUCCGCUGCUUGAUGUACUUUGCGCGCGGAGAUCCCAACUCUGAACAGCCUGAAAUUCACUAUUUGAUUGAUCGCAAAAACGACUAUCGAUACGUACCAGGCCUGCACUUCCCGCUCCCCAACGAUGAUACCUUCCAGGGAUUCCACGUCGACACCCUGGUCGAUGGCGAGCUUGUCAACGACACCUAUGAUGACGGAACAACUCAACUAAAGUACCUAGUCUUCGACUGUCUAGUACUAGACGGGCAGAGCUUGAUGCACCGUACACUGGAUAAGCGACUAGCAUAUUUCAAGGAGAAGGUACUCAAGCCUUACAGUGCCAUGUAUCGCAAAUUCCCCGAGGAGAAACAACACCGGGCUUUCGCCGUCGAGGACAAAUCUACGCAAUUCAGCUACGGGAUUGAAAUGAUGUUCCGCGAGAUCAUUCCCAAGGUCAAACGCAUUCACGGAAAUGACGGCCUGAUCUUUACCUGUCGCAGUACCCCAUACCGCAUUGGCACAGACGAGCACAUCCUCAAAUGGAAGCCCCCACAGGAAAACACCAUUGACUUCCGAAUGCGCCUUGAGUUCCCGACCCUCGAGCCAGAUACCGAAGACGAGGCCGAGGGCAUCCACGAACCUUUCCUGGAUUACGACGCUCUCCCAAUUUGCCAUUUGUUCGUCAUGCUUAGUGCGGGCGAGUAUCGCCAUUUCGGAGAGUUAUACCUGGAGCCGAAAGAGUGGGAGGAUCUCAAAGCUCUCGGCGUUCCCCUCGAUGAUACGAUUGUGGAAUGCGCCAAAGAUACAGAGGGCCGAUGGCGGUUCCAUCGUCUCCGUGACGACAAGAACGAUGCCAACCACAUUUCCACGGUUGAAAAGGUUCUUGAAAGUAUCGAGGAUCGCGUCACUGAAGAAGACCUCAUUCGUCUGGCCCCUGUCAUUAAAACAGCUUGGAAAAAGCGCCAGCAAGGCAUGGCUGCUGGAGACGAGGAGAAAAAGCGGAGGGCCCAGGGGCCACCUGGUAACCCUAAUGGAAUCAAACGAAAGUUCGAGGAAUGA